AGCUUUGGCAGUGAUUGCAGGACUCCUCAGAAAUGCUCCAGAUGCAUCUGUGAGCAAAAGGAUUACCAAUGCAUUCUGCGAAGGGAAUGUCUGAGUGUCUGUCUCAUCUCCUCUAGAAAGUGUUAAAGAACAACAUGGAUCAAAUAGAACAACUUUCUGCUGACAGAAAGAAGAGCUUUCUCUCAGAGGACAAUAAAAAGAGCAAUGGCUAUAGAACCAUUGUGGGAUUCCUAUGCAUAUUCCCCGUGGUGGCUUUGCUGGCUAUUGCAGGAGAUCCAGCUGGAGCUGCAGUUCAGGAAAGUCAGGAAGAUACCACAUCACCUGGUCUCCGUGAAGUGAGUGCCUCUGCUUUGCACAGCCCAGCCUUUCCACCUCGGCCUCCAGCACGGAGAAAGCGAUACACAAUCACACCUGGCCACUUGAAAUGGGACCACUUCAACCUGACCUACAAAAUCCUGUCCUUCCCAAGAAACCUCAUAAAUGCCAGGGACACACGCAAGGGACUAGCAGCUGCGUUCCGAAUGUGGAGUGAAGUUUCACCAUUCAGCUUCAGAGAAGUGCCACGCCACGUACCCAGUGAUCUGAAAAUAGGCUUCUACUCUAUCAAUCACACAGACUGUCUGGAGUCUCUCAUUCACCACUGCUUUGAUGGAACAACAGGGGAACUUGCCCAUGCCUUCUUCCCACCCAAUGGGGAAAUCCACUUUGAUGACCACGAGUACUGGAUAUUAGGAAAUACUCGGUUCAGCUGGAAGAAAGGUGUUUGGCUUACAGAUCUGGUACACGUAGCAGCUCACGAAAUAGGACAUGCCUUAGGACUCAUGCACUCCCAAAACCCAAAUGCUCUCAUGCACAUCAAUGCUACUUUGACUGGGAAAAAGACCAUCUCUCAAGAUGAAGUCUGGGGAAUUCACAGACUUUACGGAUGCAAGGACAGAUUGUUUAUGUGCCCACUGUGGGCCCGAAAAGGUUUCUGUGAGAAACGUGAGAAGUUGAUGAAAAAGCACUGUCCAUUCACCUGUGACUUCUGCUACGAAUUCCCAUUUCCAACAGUUCCUCCUACUCUGCCACCUCCAAGGACAAAAACCAAGACUGUUUCUGAAGGCAGGAAUGUCACCUUCCGCUGUGGACAGAAGAUCAUCCAUAAAAAAGGCAAAGUUUACUGGUAUAAAGAUAAGGAGCUUCUGGAAUACUCAUAUCCAGGUUACUUAUCCUUAAAUGAGGAUCACAUGAGCAUCAUUGCAAAUGCAAUUAAUGAAGGAACUUACACUUGUAUAGUAAAGAAAAAAGAAAGAAUCUUGACCACUUAUUCCUGGAGGAUCAGACUGAGACAUUAACAAGGGCUCUGGCAUGAGAACUUCUCUAUUUCAAAUUCACAAUCUGUCUUAAGCAUUUUGUAUUUAAACUCCAGUAGUGCAAAUGAACUCCUAAAUCAGCUGCUUCAAUACCUUGAGCAAGAGAGACUCUGGGACUUUGUUACUGGAUAAAAGAACUUUUCCAAAUUAGUUUUAAAGGUAAAGAAUUCAUCAAGCAUGUGUUGUACAGAAAAUUAAAAAAGAAAUUUAAAAAAAAAAAAUCAAGUGUAAGAUUUUGCAGUUAACCUGGAUCAGUGGACUGCUGAAAAACGAGAACAUAACCCUUCAGCAAACAAAUGGAUGAACAGACUGAUGGCUCAGCUAUGUUGCAAUGGAAUCAGAGGUAUUGUGGAAAGAGAAUGACCAGUAAAUGCGCUGUAAGUGGUUUUUUAUCUUUUUUAUAUCACGACAUGUAGGUCUAUAAGAACGUUAAAAAAAAAUUACUUUUUCUUUUAGUGGGCAGAAGGAAGAUAUAGGGUCACAACAAACCCAAAUUACUCCAUUUCACACUUUGACAUACUCAGUUCAGCCAUGCACAGAGUAUCUCCCUUCUACCCCCAACUACUUUCCUGUGGUGUGUAUUUAUUAUUUGUGUAAUCUUAGCCCAGCAUACUAUCUACUUCCAUCUGCAGCUCCUCAUAACUCAUCCUUUUGGUGUCUGGUCAAUAAGCUUCUUGACCCCUUCAGCAGAGGUAAGAUCAAUUCCAUCAUCACGCCCAGUCACUAACAGGUGAGGUGGAUGUACCACAUCCAAAAGAGAAACAGCAUUUGUUUUCUAGGCAAAGCCCAGUGCACUCAAACCCUGACAGUCAUUGUAUUUAAUGAGUACCUGAUAGAAAGAUCCUUAUCCAGUAUUAAGGCAGCCUACAUCAUUCUCUGCUUAGGUUCGUCCAUUUUUAGUUGCUGUCUUAAUCUCUUCAAACACGUUUCUUCCUACCUUAAGCAUCUCAUGUAUUGCAGAAUAGGUCAGCAUUCUAGGAAGAGCUCUGUACCAGGACAGCAAAAGCACAAUGGAAAAGUAAGAAACUAAUAAGAACAGUUUGGUACAAUUGCAAUAACAGUAAUUUUACUGGCAGAUAUCUAGCAUGAACUCAGCACAUCUCCAUUUAACAGAGCAGUGCAACACCACAUGGAUCCAAGCAUCUUAAAACAGCUCUGUCUUUGGGAUCUGAAGAAACAAAAUAAGAACAAUGAGCUGAUCAGCAUAGCCCUCAACAGCUAUCACAAGGGGAUGUCAACACUUCAGCUGCAAGGAUGUUUAAGUCCUUCAUUUCACAACUUAACAGUUUUGUAAACAUAUCAGUUAUGAUUACUGACUUUUGUACAAUUUCUACAAAUCCUGUUUACCUCCACCUGCCCUGUGCUUCUGGCAGGCAGUGUCCAUGCUGGAGUUACAGCUAAGGACCUGCUUUGCCACAUGAAUGUCCUAUGAGAAGUCAUCUUCCAAAACUGAGCUGACCUCAAGGCCAGGGGAAAAAGAAACCAAGGAAAAAAGUUGCAAUUUAAGACACCAGGCCAUGAGACAGCUCUGCAUUGCACCCAGUGUUCCACUGACACAAAUGGCAUGGCCCAGCGCUCUGCUGUGCACAUCUCUUCUGGCUGCAAUUUCAAGGCUAACCCAACAACAUCUUCAAGGAACUUCUGUAAGGAAGCCAACCAAAAAAAUUAAGCUCUCUCCAUCUCCUGCCCAGGACCACUGCAUGACAGCUUCCAUUUGCUGAAAAUUAGUAUGGAAACACCUGACAGAUAUGGUGAUACCCUCAAGGUAAGCAACAAAACUCACUUUCUCUUGGAAUACACUUUGAUUUUAUAAAAAUAAAAAUUGCAGUAAGCCAACAACAAAAUAAAUACCUAAGCUACAACAAGGCUGUGAUUACCACACACUUAUGCACUGGAACUUCCAUGUUUUUUUUUUAAAGAUUUAUCUUUGCAGAUUUUCCAUGGUUGAAAUCAGUUACUUAAGAUGACACAAUUUCAAAGUAAUUGAAUUCUAUAUUGCUGUUCCUGGUGAAACAGUCCUGAAAAUGUUUUCACUUUUCUUGCCUUUGCAUAACUUAUUGUUUGAUUAAAAGCAAAUAAUCCUAUCAGAGUCAGAAGUCCAGAUUUGUUAGCCCAUGUUGGAACAAAUGCUUUCCAACAGGCUAUAAUGCACCUGUUCCAGUAAAUAUCCAUCAUUAGUAUUUCAGCUUUUUUGUCCACUUUCACUUCUCACAUACUUCAGCACAAAUAAAUAAGCUUCUGCUCUUCACCCCUACCCAAACUUUGCUAAAACCAUCUGUACUACAGUUAGUAAACUAGCAAAAAAACUGUUUCUCCAUCAGUACAAGACAACCAGGCCUAAUGAGAAAAUAGUACUUCAUUAACACGCACAAAAAAAAACAGCUUUGAAAAUUUACAAUUCUAGUAGUUCCAAAGAGCAGGACCAAGGCCUUCACUCAGUAAAAACAAAACCAGCACCACCAAAGCAAGUCUCUUACAAUGUACUGGAAUGCUCAUCAUGUAUGCCUAUUAAUGGGACUGGUGCCCAGUUCUGACUGCAUGAACACCCCAGUAUUUUCCAAAUCUUCCUGUCCCAGAAAAAGACGACAGCAUUAUAAAUUAGAAACUCAGAAGACACUUAUGAGGAAAGACUGGAAUAUGGCAAUAUACAACCAGUAAAAUGAAAUGUUGUUAUUUUUAUGGAAAAAGGACAUUUUUAAAAGAAGGUUCUCUAGAAAAUAAAGCUUCAAUAUUUUUUUUUUUGAAUUAUAAAACAAUAUAGUACACUUUUUGCUCCAGUGCCAUUGUAAAUACAUUUAUACAACACAUCAAACCAGUAGUGCACUCAAAAACAUCAGUGAGUGUUGAGCCCAACCCAGCUUAGCUCUCUCCAAGGUACACAACAGGAGAGAAACAGCUUAAACAUUAUGAUUUCUUGACCAAGCAACUACACUCUGAUACAAAGAACUUACUUUAAAAAAAAAAAAAAGAAAAGUUCUUUUGCUGGACUGACAGUAACUACAACAAUAUCAGCACAGACUGGGGGAGAAAAGAGAAAUUAAAAAAAAAAAAUCCUCACGUUUCCACUCUAGAAGACUUAGUGCCACCAACAUCCACAUUUGCUGCAUGUGAGGAAAUGACAUCCUUCACGCUGUUAAACAAUUAAAAACGUAUUUUAAUUCUACAAAUUUACAAGGAGAAAACAACAAGAACAAAAAAAAAAAAAAA